UGGCUCAGUGUCCGGCGCCGAUCACUAUUCUACAGCCUCCUGCACAGAGAGCACCCCCCGAACUGCUCCAGAGGUGAAGACAGUACAAGAGGCUCCCGAGAACAUUAUCUUAUAUCUGCCUCUGAUGAUUGGGGAAAAACGGAACUAGACAGAUCGGAGAACAUGUAUGAACAUUCCGAACACGGAAAGUAUUUUAAAAAGAAUUCUAAUCUCUCUGUAAAUGAGAAAAUUCAAAGAGAUGGAGAGCAUCAGAGAAUUCACACAGGGGAAAAGCCACAUUCAUGUUCUGAAUGUGGGAAAAGUUUUACCCACAAAUCAGCUCUUGCUCGACAUCAGAAAAUUCACACAGGGCAGAGGCCAUUUUCAUGUUCUGAAUGUGGAAAAUGCUUUUUUCAGAAAUUAAAGCUUGUGAAUCAUCAGAGAACUCACACGGGUGAAAAGCCAUUUUCAUGUUCUGAAUGUGGGAAAUGCUUUUCCCAGAAAUCAGCUCUUUCAAGACAUCAGAUAAUUCACACAGGAGGGAGGCCAUUUUCAUGUUCUGAAUGUGGAAAAUGCUUUAUUCAUAAAUUAAAACUUGUAAAUCAUCAGAGAACUCACACAGGGGAGAAGCCAUUUUCAUGUUCUGAAUGUGGAAAAUGUUUUACCCAUAAAUCAGUUCUUUCUGGACAUCAGAGAACUCACACAGGAGAGAAGCCAUUUUCAUGCUUAGAGUGUGGACAAUGUUUUACACAGAAAUAUUAUUUAAAUAAACAUCAGAAAAUUCACACAGGAGAAAAGCCAUUUUCAUGCUCAGAAUGUGAGAAAUGUUUUACCUAUAGCUCAAAUCUUAUUCAACAUCAGAAAAUUCACACAGGGGAAAAGCCAUUUUCAUGCUCAGAAUGUGAGAAAUGUUUUACCUAUAGCUCAAAUCUUAUUCAACAUCAGAGAAUUCACACAGUGGAAAAGCCAUUUUCAUGUUCUGAAUGUGGAAAAUGUUUUAAUAAGAAAUUAAGUCUUGCUGUACAUCAGAAAAUUCACACAGGGGAGAAGCCAUUUUCAUGUUCUGAAUGUGGAAAAUGUUUUAUUCGGAAAUUAACUCUUGUGGAUCAUCAGAGAACUCACACACAAGAAAAGCCAUAUUCAUGCUUAGAAUGUGGGAAAUGUUUUACCCAGAAAUCAAGUCUUAUUCAACAUCAAAGAAGUCACACAGGGGAGAAGCCAUUUUCAUGCUUAGAGUGUGGCCAAUGUUUUACACACAAAUCAUCUUUGAAUAAACAUCAGAGAACUCACACAGGAGAAAAGCCAUUUUCAUGCUCAGAAUGUGAGAAAUGUUUUACCCAUAGCUCAAGUCUUAUUGAACAUCAGAAAAUUCACACAGGGGAAAGGCCAUUUUCAUGUUCUGAAUGUGGAAAAUGUUUUACCAAGAAAUUAAUUCUUGCUGAACAUCAGAAAACUCACACAGGGGAGAAGCCAUUUUCAUGUUCUGAAUGUGGAAAAUGUUUUAUUCGGAAGUUAACUCUUGUGGAUCAUCAGAGAACUCACACACAAGAAAAGCCAUUUUCAUGCUUAGAAUGUGGGAAAUGUUUUACCCAGAAAUCAUUGCUUGUUCAACAUCAGAGAAUUCACACA